UGCAGUGGAGUCAGACGAGGGAGGUCGCCUUUCCGAGCAGAUAUGGAGGCUCUGCAGUUGAAAGAAAAACUCCUCUAACAUCGGAACCCUGACUUGUUGCUUUGAUCUGAGGGAAGAUUUACUCGCUACACUUCACUUUUCAGCUGCUGUUCUCGUUUCUUUGCUUUAGUUGUGAGGAGAUUCUACCUGUGAAUGAAAAGGAGUUUGUUUUUUGGCAAAAAAAAAGCAGGACAGUAACCGGUGAAACACUGUCCAGGUCUGCUGUGGGAGUCUAAGAGUUUAAGAGAGUGCACUUUCCACUUUUACUUGAAGUAACAAGAACCUUUAGUGAACCUAUGAAGACUUUCUUUACCACUAUUCAUUUGUUUUACUGUGCUGCGGUCGAUCUGCUUCAGAAGUUGCAGUUGGAGAGGUGUUUUCUUUUCUCCCUCCUCUUAUCUCCUCACUCCUACCUCCCUCAUCUCUGUCUUUUGUGUUCUGUGGAGAAGGAGGAGCUCGGGCCCAGAGAGAAGAGACGCGUGGAGUGAUGUUUCAGUGGACGAGUACCGCGACGCCACUCGACUGACUCAGAGAUCAGCGAGCUAUGGACUGCACGGCUGUAGUUUUUAAACCGUGCGCCUGCUCGGCGACCAAGUGGUGUCGGCACGAGCGCUCGUCCGGCCGCCGGCCAUGGAGGCUGCUGCACGGCUGCAGCUGUGGCAGAGAUGUCAUGGACGCAGAUGUGGUUGGCCACACCUCCUCCCUCCUGCAGCGCUUGCUGUUUUAUGUCUGCUGUUGCGUGUCCCACGAGGACAGCCCCGAGCUGCGUCGGCACUGGGUGGCGCCUCCCGUCAGUGGAGCGCAGAGGAGAGGAAGAGGAGAGGAGGAAGGUGAGGAUGAGGAGUUAGGACCUCCCCCCUCAGUAGACGAGGCGGCCGAUGCUCUGAUGACCAGGUUGGGCUUCCUGCUGGGGGAUAAAGUUAUCAGCAGAGAGCCGGACUCCCCUUACCACGCCCAGGACGAUGGACAGGUGAACUACUCCCUAACACAUGAUAGGAUGUCUCCUUCCUCCAGUCUGGCCAGUAGCAGCACCUCCCCCUGUUCCACUCUGCCGCCCCCUGCUGGAGGAGAGGGCGGCAGCGACAACAGGCACGCCUCAAACCACGCCUCUGUCACCUCCCCCACCUCAACACUGGAAAGCAGAGACAGCGGCAUCAUAGCCACACUGACCAGCUACUCUGCAGAGUCGGCAGCAGAGCAGGAAAACAGCGCCAAAUACCCUAGAGACAGUUACCAUGGUAGCAGCCUCCUCCUCUGGCAGCAGGGGGGGCGCCCGGUGGUGGCCUCCUCCUCCUCCUCCUCCUGUAUGGUGACAACGGGAAACUCUAAUGACGGCUUUCGGUACCGGGCAGACGACAACAUGGCCGCCUCCACUUACAGCCUCAACAAACUCCACCCAGACCGAGGCCCUGGCACUGCACAUUCAUCAGGCUCCACCCACUCCAUACCGCUCUACCUCAUGCCACGCCCCAAUUCAGUAGCUGCCACUAGUUCUGCCCACCUUGAGGAUCUAGCCUAUCUGGAUGAGCAGCAGAGACACGUCCCUUCAAGGACGUCCCUCAGAAUGCCCAGACAGAACUCAGGCAGUCGUAGUCAACAGGAUCACAGAGUUCGCUUCUCUCCCUCUCUCAACCUGAAGCCGCUCCACUUUGAGGUUCCCAGUCUCUCGCCCGAUUGGCUGUUCACUGGCAGGGAGUGGCUCUUUCAGGAAGUGCACGCCUUCCUCUGCAGCGAUGAGCCGUCGACCAGUCGCGGCGUCGUGAUCGUCGGCAACAUGGGCUUCGGCAAGACGGCCAUCGCCGCCCGCCUGGUGGCGCUCAGCUGUCAUGGACAGCGAAUGUGGCCGAGCCCUGACGGAAGCCAAAGCACCCCCAAGUAUGUAGCGCCUGUUUCUCUUUCCAACGACUCCUUGGGAAGAGGAGGAGGAGGAGGAGGAGGAGGAGGAAGCUGUCCAGGAACUCCAGAGAUGAAGAGGAGACAGGAGGAGGCUGUGAGGAAGCUUGCAGCACAGGUGGUCUCGUAUCAUUUCUGUCAGGCUGAUAACUGUUACACUUGUCUGGUUCCCGAGUUCGUCCACAACAUGGCGGCGAUGCUGAGCACCGCCCCUCAGUUGCCGGCCUACCGGGAGUUGCUGCACCAGUCUCCGCAGCUACAGAGCAUCCUCAGUCUGCGCUCCUGCAUCCAGGAUCCCAGCUCAGCUCUGCAGAGAGGAAUACUGGACCCACUGGACGCUCUCUACAGAGAGAGGAAGUUGCAAGUGGAAGGGGCGGGGCUUAUCAUUGUGAUUGACGGGCUAAACGAGGCAGAAUUCCACCGCCCGGACUAUGGUGACACGCUGACUUCCUUCCUGACUAAGAAUGUCCUGAAAUUUCCUUCCUGGUUGAAGAUCAUUACGACUGUCAGGACCAGUCAGCAGGACACCACCCUCUCUCUGCCGUUUCACCGCAUCUCUCUUGACAAGAUGGAGGAGAACAACGCCAUAGACCAGGACCUGCAGGGCUACCUGAUGCAGCGCAUCCACAGCAGCAGCGAGAUCCAGAGCAACGUGUCCCUGAGCAACGGUCGCCUGGACAACGCGGCACUCAGCAAAUUGACGGGCCACCUGAAGAGCCUGAGCAGAGGCUCAUACCUUUACCUGAAACUGACCCUGGACCUGAUAGAGCGAGGAUACCUGGUCCUGAAGAGCUCCAGCUUCAAGGUGGUUCCUGUGAGUCUGGCAGAGGUCUACCUGCUGCAGCUCAACAUGAGGUUUCCCACCCUGUCGUCUUUCCAGAGAGUUCUACCACUGCUCAACAUUACUGUGGCAUCACUGCACCCAAUGACUGAGCAGCAGCUGUUCGAGGCGGUGAAUGCAGGCGCUCUGACCGGAGGAGCGCUGCAGUGGGAGGAGUUUGCGCUGCGACUGGAGCAGCUCUCGUCUUUCCUGCUGCGGCGCAGCGACGGCAGCUGGAUGCUGAACCACACCUCCUUCAGGGAGUGGCUCGUCUGGAGGGACGAGGGUCAGGACGACAGGUUCCUCUGUGACCCCAGGAGUGGUCACACUCUCCUGGCCUUCUGGCUCUGCAGACAGGAAGGGAAGUUGAAUCGACAGCAGACGCUGGAGCUGGGACAUCACAUCUUAAAGGCUCACAUCUACAAGGGUCUGAGUAAGAAGCUUGGGGUUUCCUCCUCAGUUCUCCAGGGGCUGUGGCUGGCCUACAGCACAGAGAACCUGAGUCAUGCUCUGUCAUCUCUACGUAACCUCUACACGCCUAACAUCAAGGUGAGCAGGUUGCUGAUCAUGGGCGGGGCUGAUGUGGAUCACCAUAGCGAUGUCCUUAACAACGCCCCACUGCUGUGUGUUCACGCCCACCUGGGCCACAGGGACGCUGUGGCUCUGCUGCUCGAUCAUGGAGCUCAGGUGAACGCUCAGUCACACGACGGUUUGACUGCGCUGGGCUUCGCUGCUGCGGCGGGACACAUGGACAUCGUCGUCACGCUGAGUCAGCACAAAGCUAAGGUGGGACACGUGGACAGCUCCGGUCAGUGUGUGUUGGUGCACGCGGCCCAGCGAGGACACCUCAACGUGCUGCACUUCCUGCUGAAGACUGCGGACUGGAGCUGCACUUCCUGCUGUGGCCAGAAGGGAGCGAGCAAGGGUCAGGCAGUGCAACAAGCUCUGAUCGCAGCAGCCAGCAUGGGCCACACCGAGAUGGUGUCACACCUACUCGAUCUCCCAGAAGAUGAAGGAGAGAAACCUGAGGUCAACACACUUGACAGCCUGUGGGGAGAGACAGCUCUGACAGCAGCAGCAGGUGCUGGCAGGUUGCUGGUCUGCAGCCUGCUGUUGGAUCAGGGAGCUGCCGUUGAGCAAGGCAACAGGCGCGGUGUGACUCCACUCUUCAGUGCUGUGAGAAGGGGCCACUGGCAGGUGGUGGAGUUGCUCCUGAACCACGGCGUGGAGGUGAACAUGGUGGACCAGCAGGGUCGAACAGCUCUAAUGACGGCAGCCUCAGAGGGACAUAUGCCCACCGCCCGGCUGCUGCUGGAACACGGAGCGUCUCUGGAUCAGACCGACAGGGAGGGGUUAACAGCGCUGAGCUGGGCGUGUCUGAAAAGUCAACUCCCGUUGGUCAAAGAGCUGGUGGAGAGAGGCGCGGCAACAACUCAUGCUGACCGCAGCGGGCGAACGCCUCUGGACCUGGCCGCCUUCCGUGGAGACCCAGAAGUGGUGCAGUACCUGGUGGAUCACGGAGCGUCAGUGGAGCACGUGGACUGCAGCGGCAUGCGUCCUCUGGACCGAGCGGUCGGCUGCAGGAACACGUCCGCAGUCAUCGCUCUGCUCAAAAAAGGAGCUAAGAUCGGACCAGCCACCUGGGCCAUGGCGACCUCUAAACCAGACAUCCUGAUGGUUCUGCUCAGUAAACUGAUCCAAGAGGGAGACAAACUCUACAAGCAAGGUAAAGUGAGAGAAGCCGCUCACGCCUAUCAGUCGGCGCUCCAGAAAUUUCCGGGGGACGAGCUGAAGACGUUCAGACAGCUGAGAGUGUGUGUGCUGCUCAACCUGUCUCGCUGCCGCCGCAAGAUGAACGAUUUUAGCCUCGCGGAGGAGUUUGCUACCAAAGCACUGGAACUCAAAGCCAAAUCCUACGAGGCUUUUUAUGCCAGAGCUCGAGCGAAACGAGGCCGCAGACAGUUUCAUGCUGCUCUGGAGGACCUGAUUGAAGCCAGUCGCCUGUGUCCAUCCAACCGGGAGAUCCAGCGUUUACUGUCUCGGGUCAAAGAAGAGUGUCGGCUGGUUUCUCAGCAGCAGCAGGACCCUCCCCCUCCUCCUCCUCCCCCUCCUCCCCCGUCGCACCAUGUCCAUCACCCAAGUGUGUCCAUCAGUGACGCCAGGUGCAGAGAUUCAGGUUGUUUGCAAGUGCAUGACAAGGAGGGCCUUACUGAGGAAGACGAGGAAGAAGAUAAGGAUGAGGAGAGGUGUUACAGGAGAGAAGAUCCUCCUCAGAGCUCCGCUUCCCUCCACCAACAACAUGGGGUUCAAAAUCUUGACGCCCACUGCCGGCCCGGGGUGCCGCCUCCCUCCUCCCUCUCCCCCACACACUUGUAUCAUCAUCAUCCAUCGAGUCCCAUGCACUCCCCUUCCUCUUCUUCACCCGCUCAUUCUGCUCCUCCCCCGUCUUCAUCGUCCUUUCACCACUUCAGCCCUCCCUCCUCCCCCAUGCACCAUCACGCCAGCCCAGUGUCAGAGAAUCUCCCUGCUGUGUCGGGAGCUGGAGGUCUGCACCGCUAUCCACAGUCCGUCUCAGCCUUCCACCACUCUGACCAGAGACGGCAGCAUCAGCAGCAGCAGCAGCAGCAGCAUCAGCAGCAGCAGCAGCAGCAGCAGCAGCUCUAUCAGACGUCUGAUCAGAUAUCCUUUCAGAAGCAGAACCCUGUCCAGGGCCAAUGGCUUCAGCCAGCCAAAGUCCAGGUUGUGAGAACCAGUCAGUCCGCUUCCUCUUCCCAUUCCAAUGUGAUUUUAGGAAGUUCAGUUUACCCACAGUUUGCCAAUCUGCCCCAAGAACUGGCCGCACUGGGAGAGGGAAUUUGCUCCAGUCCCCUAAACGUCAGGCCGGGUCUGCAGGUCCAGGCUGGUCCGAACUCUGGAGCUUCAUAUCCACUACAGGAUGAGGCAAGAUCUGCUUAUGGAAGAGGAGCAGGAGGAGAGAAGACGGGGAUAAGCCGGUUUGCCCAGGCCACGCAGUUUAGCCGCAACCAGUCCAAGGCAGCUCACUACCCUAUGGAGGUUACAGAGUCUACAGUGGGACCUCCUGAAAGCUUUCCAUCAUUGCAAGAUUAUCAAUACCACAACCAGGGGGGACCACGACGUCCACUGAGCGCCCAUCCCACCCCGGCUGCCGUCACCUCCAGCCGGCCUCUCAACCAGAGUGUCAGCGUCUGUUUCCCUCCCAGCAGCAGCAGCAGCGGACAGACGGCAGGUCACUCUGGUCCAGGCUUCAGGACCUCGGUCUCCACGCAGCACAUAGAUUUAACUCCAGAUCUGGCCUCUGGGGGCGGGGUCACUGGUUACCAUGACGAUCUUUUCCUGACCUCCUCCCCUCAGUCAGAGACAUGUAUGGUAGGAGGUGGCACGUACCCCGGCGAGGCAGGCCGGUCCUCCAGGAGCACCCCAUUCAUGGGCGUCAUUGACAAGACGGUGAGAGUGCAGCAGCAGUGCCAGCAACAGGCUCCUUCAAGUUCCUCGUCGUGUCUCAGCCCGUCUCGCUCCUGGGCUGUGUCUUCAGUGGACACCGUGGUGUCCUCACCGAGCAAAAACCCCAGUAACCAGGGCGGCUUCGCUCCACCGCAGCCGUCCUCCAUCGCCUACCACAACCGCAGCAACAACAACGCUCACAACGGUCACGUCCCGCACGACAACCAGCUCAACUACUACGAGGUGCUGCCCCCCUGUGGCCCUCAGAGCGAAGGCUCGGUGCAGGUGGCCAGUCACAUUCCUCCUUACCUGGACGUGAAGCUGGCCCGAACACUGCCCGUGAUUCACAGCUGCUCAGACAGACAGGCGAGCGACAGAAAGACAGGACCCACCUCUCCCGUCAAACCAAAAAGACCCUUUGUUGAGUCCAACGUAUAGAGAGACGUUUAGAUGUCAAGUAAGACGGCGAAGGAAGUAUAAUGAAGUGAACCCUUCAGCGAACCUUUGUAUCCCGAUAAUCCUUGAGAUUAUGGAAGAUUAAGGGUCGGGUUCUGCUUGACACAAAUAAAGUCGUUGUGUUGCGUUGUGUGUUGUCGGUGCAGCGUUCAGAGGAGAUGCAAUAAUACUCGCGACUGGAGGUUGAAGUGAGUUUGUUUGAUGCACAGAGAGAGAGCUUGAGGAGCAGUGAAGUUCAACAUCACGCGUCAGGUUUGUGGGAGGAGCAGCUGGAGUGAAGGGUCAAGCACAAACAGGAAACACUUGAUGAUGACAUCACUGAGAAGGGAGAGACACAAAAGCACCACUAUUAUUACCUUAAUCUGCUGUUGACGCCUUUAACGAUGAUGAUGAUGAUGGUUUGAAGCUCUAAAGUGAUGCAAUGACUGGAAACCUGGAUUCUUCCAGACUCUGUAACCUGUGCUGGGCAGAUGUUGGUCAGAGACCCAGUCCCAAGCCAUAGUUUAAGAAACUAGGAUGAUGCUGUCAUUGAAAGAGCACUGGCUUACUGUUUAUAAAACUAAAGUAAGUGGUAUUUAUCUCCUUUUUUUUUUUUAAGUUAUGUCCGUGUUAACCUUUUUCAAACCUCUGUCUGGGUUUUGACGUUUUGUGAACGUAAAGAAUUGUUGAACAAGAACAACACAGAAGUGCAGUUUUAACAUCAAUAUCUGCUUCUGUGCGAUGAGGGAAAAAAAACGUAAACUAUGCCUUUUGUAGAUGUUUGGAUGUUGUUGCUUCAGGUAGUUCUUAUUUUUUGUUUUGCCAUGGAAACAGUGCUUAAAUGUCCCAUGAGGUCCCAAUUAUGUGGCUCCUGCUGCAGUCAGUAAUUCAGAAAAGGCAUCUUAAGGCCAUAUGGUCGUUCAUUAAACCCUGUGCAGAAAAGAGUGAAUGUCUAGUCAGCUUUGAAACUAUAGUCACAGCAAGUCUGUUAAUGUCGUGUGUGUGUGUGUGUGUGUGUGUGAGCGGUUAGCGUAAAAAACCCCUUUGAUGCUUCUUUGGUUUAGUUUCCUUUUAAAAGACAAAAACACAAGUACUGUGUACUGAGUACUGUGGAAAUGUAUUUCCCCUUGAGGACAAUAAAGUCAAAGUUCAACAAUGUUAGGCUUCA